AUGGCGGCGGCCGUGCGGUUAGUUCUGCUGGUGCUGCUGCUUCUGGGACCGGGCAUCUGGGGCCAAGCGGAGCCCCCACGCGACAGCCUGCGGGAGGAGCUAGUCAUCACCCCGCUGCCUUCAGGGGACGUAGCCGCCACAUUCCAGUUCCGCACGCGCUGGGAUUCGGAGCUGCAGCGGGAAGGAGUGUCUCACUACAGGCUCUUCCCCAAAGCCUUGGGGCAGUUGAUCUCCAAGUAUUCUCUCCGCGAACUGCACCUGUCCUUAACCCAAGGCUUCUGGAGGACUCGCUACUGGGGGACACCCUUCUUGCAGGCCCCAUCGGGGGCAGAGCUGUGGGCUUGGUUCCAAGACACCGUCACCGACGUGGAUGAGUCCUGGAAGGAGCUCAGUAAUGUCCUCUCGGGGAUCUUCUGCGCGUCUCUCAACUUCAUCGACUCCACCAACACGGUCACGCCCACCGCCUCCUUCAAACCCCUGGGGCUGGCCAACGGCACGGACCACUCCUUCCUGCGCUACGCGGUGCUGCCGCGGGAGGUCGUCUGCACUGAGAACCUCACCCCAUGGAAGAAGCUCUUGCCCUGCAGCUCCAAGGCAGGCCUCUCAGUGCUGCUGAAGGCUGAUCGCCUGUUCCACACGAGCUACCACUCCCAGGCAGUGCACAUCCGCCCAGUUUGCAGAAAUGCACGCUGUACCAGCGUCUCCUGGGAGCUGAGACAGACCCUUUCUGUUGUAUUUGAUGCCUUCAUCACAGGACAGGGGAAGAAGGACUGGUCCCUCUUCCGGAUGUUCUCCCGAACUCUCACCGAGCCCUGCCCCUUGGCUUCAGAGAGCCGAGUCUAUGUGGACAUCACCAGCUCCGGCCAGGACAACGAGACGUUGGAGGUGUACCCGCCCCCCCUUACCACAUACCAGGACGUCAUCCUGGGCACCCGCAAGACCUACGCCGUCUACGACUUGCUGGAUGCAGCUGUGGUCAGCACCUCGCGCAGCCUCAACAUCCAGCUGAAGUGGAAGAGGCCCCCAGAGAAUGAGGCCCCCCCGGCGCCCUUCCUGCACGCCCAGCGGUAUGUGAGCGGCUACGGGCUGCAGGGCGGGGAGCUGAGCACCCUGCUCUACAACACCCACCCGUCCCGGGCCUUCCCUGUGUUGCUGCUGGACGCCGUGCCCUGGUACCUGCGGCUGUACGUGCACACGCUCUCCAUCGCCUCCAGGGGCAAGGAGAACAAACCGAGUUACAUCCACUAUCAGCCUGCCCAGGACCGGAUGCAGCCCCACCUCCUGGAGAUGCUGAUUCAGCUGCCGGCCAACUCCAUCACCAAGGUCUCCAUCCAGUUUGAGCGGGCGCUGCUUAAGUGGACCGAGUAUACCCCAGACCCCAACCACGGAUUCUAUGUCAGCCCAUCUGUGCUCAGCGCGCUUGUGCCCAGUGUGGUGGCAGCCAAACCUGGGGACUGGGAAGAGAGCCCCCUCUUCAACAGCCUCUUCCCAGUCUCUGACGGCUCCAGCUACUUUGUGCGGCUCUACACGGAGCCACUGCUGGUGAGCCUGCCCACGCCGGACUUCAGCAUGCCCUACAACGUCGUCUGCCUCACCUGCACCGUGGUGGCCGUGUGCUACGGCUCCUUCUACAACCUCCUCACCCGCACCUUCCAGAUCGAGGAGCCCAGGAAGGGUGGCCUGGUCAAGCGGCUGGCCAACCUCAUCCGGCGUGCCCGAGGCGUCCCCCCGCUCUGA